AUGUCUUUCCCUCAGCUGGGAUACCCCCAGUUCCUCAGUGCCUCCCAUGAGGUGUACGGGGGCGGCGAGCGGCCGGCCUCUGCCCGAGAAGGAGGCACUGAAGGCGGCUUGAGCUCGUCCGCCACCGCCGCGGCCGUGGGCUCCAUGCUGGGGAUGUACGGGAGUCCUUGGGCGGCGCACAACUACUCCGCCUUCCUGCCGUACAGCGGGGCCGCAGACCUGGCCCUCAUCUCCCAGAUGGGCUCCCAGUACGAGCUGAAGGACAGCCCCGGCUCCCACCCUGCCUCUCUGCCGGUCCACGCCGCUCAAGGCUUCUACCCAUACGGCCAGUACCCUUACGGGGACCCGUCGAGGGCCAAGACGGCCACCAGGGAGACCACCAGCACCCUGAAGGCCUGGCUGCAGGAGCACCAGAAGAACCCCUACCCCACCAAAGGAGAGAAGAUCAUGCUCGCCAUCAUCACCAGGAUGACCCUCACACAGGUGUCGACGUGGUUCGCAAACGCCCGCAGACGCCUGAAGAAGGAGAACAAGGUGACCUGGGGCCGCAGCGCAGAGGACCGGGACGGACGCAUCUUCAGCAGCGACAACGAGGACGAGCAGGGCAAGAACGGCAGCGACGACGAGGAUGAAGAGGAGGAGAUAGAUCUGGAAACAGUCGAUAUCGAAAGACCCGAGGAGGAGGAGGAGGAGGAGCAGAGAGUGGGGGAGCAGGACUCCUUGAAGGGAGAGGGUGAAGGAAAAGGAGAGGGAGAAGGAGAGGGAGAAGCAGGCCUGGCCGACAGAGAGCAGGCCUCAGAGCCCCGGAGCUCAGAGAGCAGCAGGACGCUUUCCGUGGAGGCCCUGCGUGGAGUGGAAGCGGCCAUUUCUCUCCACAGAUCACCUGUUGUCAGACUCGCAGUGGACCGUUCUCCCGGCAGACAGGAGUGCCAGAGACCACCGCAGAGCAAACCCAAGAUCUGGUCCCUGGCCGAGACCGCCACGGCCCCCGACAGCGCUCACAGACCCUCCCCGGCGGCCCACUCGCACCACCCGGCUUUGGCCUCCGCCGGCCACCCGGCCUUGCUCCCGGGUCAUGGGAUUUACACGUGCCAGAUUGGCAAGCUUCACAACUGGGCCAACGCGGCUUUUCUGAACGCCAACUCUCUUUUGAACAUGAGGUCGCUCCUCGGAGGCGCGUCUCUCCACGGCGCGGUGCCGGCGGCGAGGAGCGACGCACGGCUGGCGGCGGCGGCGGGGCCCGGGGCCUCGGGGACGGAGGACGACAGCGACGUGGAGUCGUCGGGGAGCUUCAGUCCAAAGAGAGAUGACGAGGAGAGCGACCACAGGCCUGGUUCCCUGAAGUCUCCGUUCCAGCUGAUCACUGACAGACCUCACCACGGGACAGCACCACAGCGAGUUGUGACGACGACGUUAUGAGAAGACAAAGAGAAAAAGAGAAAAAGGAAUAAUUUUAUUUAACGGAGAACAGUUUAAUGAAGGCUAUUUUUCUUUUGACAGUGCUACCUGUCAUAGUAUUACCGUUUUAGCUUCUACAUGAAAAAGAGAUGGUUGUUUUUGUCACAGAUUUGCUUGUAUCUCUCUUUUAUGUCCUAUUGUUUCUUCUUGGCCUCUUCUGUUGUGAAUGGAAACCUUUAAAAAUUGUAAAUACAGGAUAUGAAUUUGUCUUUAAAGAGUAUAUUUUUUU